AGCCACUCCUACAUUGCGGGGUUCCUCCAGCUCUGCAAGUCCCGAGGGGUGAAGCCCAGCCUGGAUCUAUUCUUCCAGAGCUUUAAUUUGUGCCGGGGGGGGGGCACGAAAACGGCGAGGGGUAUGCCAACCUGCAGCAGAUUGCCCGCUUCAAACUAUUCUCCGAUGCUCCUUCUUCCAACAAAGGAUGGAGGGAACGUUGGUGCUACGUAAAGUUGGAUGAGAGCCCAUUCCCGAGGGAGCUGCGUGAUCGAUUCCGAAGGCACGAAAAGAUCAGGAGUGCCGCUCUCGAGAAAGACGGCCUAAAGCUGGCCAAGUUCCCGGAGGGGAAAAAUAAGAACGUGGCGAUCAAAGACUGCACCCUCGAGGUGGAUUUAUACACCCUCGGGUUCCGGAGGUACCGCUUCAUAGGGGAGACCGAUGAAAAGUACCCUCCCUUCAACAAGGCCUUCGGAGGGGCCGGAGGUAGGAGCCGAGGGCUUUAGAAUUUUGUACUUAGUUUUUUUUUUUGCUUGGAUGUUAUUGUCCCUUCGCUUAGACCCGUCGGACUAACCCUUUGUCUCCUUUGUGCAGGUAUCCCCGUCUCUAUGGUGAACGUAAAGGGCCUUGCUCGUCUGAAGAAACAGGACCCGAAGGGGUCGGGACAGGGCAUCCAGAAGCCCGCCACUGCCCUCUUUAAGAAAGCCGAGGGCGAUGCCGCUGCCGGCAAGAGGAAGGCAGCGACCAAGGGGUCCCCCCCGGCUACCAAAAAGCCGAAGAAGGGGGAUGUCGCCGAGAAGGAGCCCCCAGUCAUUAUCGCUGAUGAGCACCCCGCCUCCGGGGUGCAUGUGGAGAAGCCGUCGAGUGAAACGCCGGCGGGGGCAGAGGAGUUGCUGCCUGAGGUCCUCCAAGUCUCGUUCCCGAGGGGGACAUCCCUGGCCAGCGGCGCUGUCGACCCGGGGGCCAUCUUGAGGGGCAUAACCCCUGAGACUGAUAGGGCUGCCCUCGGGGCUUAUAACGAUGCGGCCCUCGAGGACCACAUCCUCCGCUCCUCCCUUUCUGCUUGUCUAGCCCUCGGUGAACAUGCCCGGAGGCUUCAAGAAUGGCGCCUCCAUAAAGCCGAGCAGGAUGCCAAGAUGAAAGAAUGCAUCCUCAAAAAUAAAGAGGCGGUGAAGCUGGGGGCCAGGCUGGAAGAGGAGCUUCGACAAAUGGAGCAGAGAUUGGAGGCCGCAGAGAAGGGCAAGGCUGACGCCGAGGACGCUGCUGAGGAGGCCAGGAGGGUUGCCAAAGAGGCCGAGGACUCCAAGGCGCUGGCCGUCGCCAAGGCUCGGGAGGAAGCCGUUGAUGCCUUCGUCGCCGAGGGCUGGAGGGUCGAGGGACGCAAGAUGUGGCUGUCCUCGGUUGUGGAGGCACACGUCGAGGAAUGGGCCGAGGGCCCUGGGUGGGAAUGGAUGGCCCGGAAGGGCAGAGAGUACUAUGAAGCCGGCGAAUUCUUCACCCAGGCCCUCAUCUACCGGAGGAUGGCCCGACAUUUGGGCAUUGAGCAAAAGGACUUCUCCCCCUCGGCGUAUGGCCUUCCUCCCCUGCAGCCUGAUGUCCGUGAGUCGCUCCCGGAAGGUGUUCAGAGGCCCGACCUUGAGGACACAGAGUUGAAGAAUGAGGCCGAGGACGACGCUGUCGAGACCGGAGCGGAGGCAUCAUCGAGGCCGGCUGCAGAGGGCGCCCCGGUGAAUGAUGCUGUUGUAGUUGUAGAGUGACUUUGUAUUUAAAAAUCCUUGAACAUAUUUUGUAAUGAACAACUUUGAUCCUUCGGCUUCGGCCUGUUUGUAAAUUUCACACUUACUCUGUUUUUGAUGAAUGCAUGCUGCC